AUGGGUGAUCAGUACGAGCCACUUGGUAAGUUUAUCGAGGUUUUUAUUGUUUUAGCUUCCAUAAAUUAUGUUAUUAUAGGUUUAGUUGAUGACCUAUGUUGUUAUAGGUUUUUAAGCUUAAGUGCUUUAUAUUGGUAUAUUAGGUUGUUCAAAAAGUUCUGUGCUCUUAACGCUCAAAAUUUGCUAAGGGCUCCGAAUUUUUGAACAACUUAUUAGUUAAUUUAUGUCACGUUUCUAAUUGUACAAGUAAGCUUAAAUGAUGAUUUAUAUUGUUAACCUACUCCUUCCAUCAACAAAACCUUCAUUUUAAAUUUCAGGAGCAGGAGGUGGUGUCCCACCCCCUGGAGCUCCACCACCACCUCCUCCACCACCUCCUCCACCACCACCACCACCGGCGGCCGGAGAUCAGGGGGGAGCGGCUGGAGGUGAAUACGAAGUUCCGCAGUUUGGAGCGGGUGCACCAGCCGCCGGUGCUCCACCACCACCACCGCCUCCUCCUCCGCCGCCACUCCCAGGCGGAGCACCACCGCCCGCUGAUGGAGCUCCAGCUGAAGGUACACCACCGAAGUGAGUGAGGGGGUUUGGGGGUGGUGAAGAUAAUAUGAGGUUUUUUGUUGUUUUAUGGUCUAAAAGUUCUUAGAAUGGUUUUUUUGUUGAUUUGGGUCAAAAAGUAUUUAGAAUUGAUUGUUUUUGUCAGUCGAGGUCAAAAAGUUUCUAGAAUCGGUUUUUUUCCAAAUUUUGGUCAAAAAUUCAAUAAAGUUGGUGUAUUUUUUACAAUUUUUUUUUGUGAAAAGGUCUGUACAAUGAUAUAAAGUAAUUGUUAGGUUAAACUACACUUUUCUUGCUCUUCAAACUUUUUGACCAGAAAUUCAUUUUCUGAUAUUAAAGUAUGAAAUGUUUCACAAAAUGUCAUUCUUUAUCCGAUUUUGUGUUUCAGAGAGGACGAAACCGACCUCCGUUCCUUCAGCCAACACGACGAGGUAAGUCUUUGUAAAAAUAGAUGCAAAAAGAAUGGCACAUGGUUUAGAAGUUUGAAACUUUGAUUUUUUGAUAAAUUAGAUAAUGUUUUAUGAGUUUUGUUGAAUAUUUUGAGUUUUUUUGUUAAUAGUGUCAUUUUAAAAUGCUUUCAACGAUUUCAGGAGAAGAAUGGAGCUCAAAGUACGGCUACUGGUGCUGGUCUGGCUCCAGCUUUUGUGCCAGCGGACGUAAGGUUUUUUAAAAACGUUUUUAACUGAAUUUUACUCUACCUUGCCUUAACUUACCUUGCUUUAUCUCGACCAACCCUACUCCUAACCUUCCCUUAACCCCACCCAACCCUAUUCUACCCUACUGUAAUCCUAUCGAACCUCUACCAUAGUCUUACUAUAACUUUCUUUCAGGACGUGAAAGUGGGGCCAAAGAACAAACCCAAGGACAUUAUUAUUGUAGUGGCGUUGCUGGUGAUGAUGUUGGUUGUGAUGGGCGCAGUCGGCGGUGUUUACAUGGCAAAGUCCGAAGGCCUAACCAAGCCCGCAUUCUGA